AUGUCGAUAACGAGCACACAGGAGAUGGAAAUGUCGAAUUUUGUUGAAAUAGCCAACUGGCAUCUAAAGAGCAUUGUCGAAACGGACGACUUCCAAGUAGUGAUGUUGUCGGCGAACAACCUAUACGCGAUAAUAAAUAAUUUACUAGUCAAAAUUUUUGAUAGCCGAAAGAACGAUGAGCGAUUAACUUUGAAGUGUCUUAUUUUAAUGCAAAAAAUGGAAAUGCUCCUGGAUGCACUGAACCAAGAAGCACGCAAAAAUACUGGUGUAUCGCUACCAGUGGCAUGCAAUGAAGACACUAUAUUAAAAAUGAAUACGAAUGAGGGUAAACUCAGGCAAAUUCUACGUUCCAAACAACGCGCGGCACUACAAAGUCGAGCUGAUAAUGUAAAACGUGCAAUCAACGACGUAAUGGAGCAUUUAGAACAAGAUUCAAUUUCACCUUCCCACAAAUCGCCAUCUUUUUGCAUCCCAGCAAUUAAUAUCAUUUCACCAUCUGGUAGAAUUACUCGGGUAAGUCCCGCAUACUCGCUAUCAAAGGAUGAACCCAGACCUUCGUGCUCUAAACAAGACGGAUCCGGUACACCUACAGCGACCGCAUUGAAAUGGCCUAUAAACCCUUCAUAUUUUUCGCCUGGCCCUAUUUAUCCUACUCAGCCUAAAGGGUCGUUGGAUCAAUUCCGACCGAUGGAUGGCAAGCAGUAUAAGGAGAGGAAUGUCUACACUAACGACAUCAUGAUUAUCAUUGAUACGGACCCGCUUGAGUUGAUUAAUGAUGAAGAUAAUGUUGAGGCCAGCAGUUUCUUAUCUGCAAACAGCAAUGAAAAAUGCUGUGGCAGACCUGAAAUGUGGGAAACAACAUCGUCGAACAUAUAUCGUCAGUUCAAUGCUGCAAAUUUAAUUCAGGAACCCGUCACAUUUUCGGACAAUUAUCCAGCAAGAAGUCAAGGAAUCAGUUCCGGAAGCCCAUUUGAGUCAAAUGACGCAACUAAUUUAAUUGACACCAUUUCGAAAAAGAAAGAGGAAUCAAGUGGAACCGCAGAUGAGGGACAGGAAAAGAAAAAACUUCCAAUUACCAACCCUCUGGGGAAAUUUCCCAUAUGGUCAAUCAAUGCUGAUUCCCUAUGUGCUGCGGAUCCUUCAGGCAAACACGAAAUAUAUCCUGAAGAAUAUGUGAUGAAUAAUUAUUUUGGAAUUGGUAUUGAUGCAAAAAUAAUCUUAGAAUCCCAAAAUAAAGGAAAGGAACAUCCUGAGAAGUGUAGGUUAAGAGCUAAGAAUUAUAUAUGGUACGAAUCAUUACGCUCUAAACAACUGCUUCAUAAUACCUACAAGAAUUUGGAGCAACGCAUUCAGCUAAAGUGCGACGGGCAAAGGAUUCAACUACCAACACUCCACGGGAUCGUCAUACGUAAUAUCCCCAGUUACAUGGGAGGUACAAAUUUCUGGGGAGGAAAGAAAGCUGAUGAUUGCUCCCUCCCUCAGUGUUUAGACGAUAGAAUCCUCGAAGUCGUCGCAGUAUUUGGAUCACUACAAAUGGCGGCUUCUCGCUUUAUAAAUUUCCAACGUCAACGAAUUGCCCAAUGCCGAAGUGUGGAAAUUAACAUCCUUGGCGACGAAGAGGUCCCUAUUCAAGUUGAUGACAAAGCUUGGUUACAACCACCCAGCUUAUUUAAGGAGAAUAUGCCGCGGUACGUUGCAACGCAUGAUCAAUCGGAUGAUCUCCAAGAAUAUUUAGCGUCCAUAAAGCAGAUUAGAAUCGUCAAAAAAUCGUCGCGAACUAGUGCCAAUGGUCGUGGCUUAUCCCGAUCCAGAAUAAUGCGCUAUUUGAAAAAAAUUGAAGGUGCCGAAUUGGAUAUUGCACUGCUAGCAAAGGAUUAA